CUGCGGGAUUACUGUGGAGGCGACAUCGUUGGAUUUUUUUUAACAGCACAAAUAGUCGUCUGUUUUUAAGCGCAAUGACUUUGAAUAAGAGCGACAAAUUGCGGAGCAUGGACAAGAGGAGAGGCAGCACGCCCUUCCCCAUGAACAUAGCCAACCUGCACCGGAGAAGCAUGCCGGUGGACGACAGGGACUUGCGCGCCUCCGCCGUGAACUCAAGCGGACAGAAUAACGAGCUGUCCAAGCUGCUGCGCUGCACCUACUCCCAGAACGAUCAGCACCGAGGAAGCUGCGCCUCCGACUCGUCCGACUCGGUCAUCUCCAACGGCAGCGACUCUGACUUGCAGGUGCACAAGGUGGUUCUCCUCGGGGAGCACGGCGUGGGCAAGUCGAGCCUGGCGCGCGUCUUUGGCGGACUUGAGGACGCCGGUCACGAUUGCGAUGAAGCAGGAAACACUUAUGACAGAUCUAUUGUGGUGGAUGAGGAAGAAUCAUCUAUUGUGCUGUAUGACAUCUGGGAACAGGAUAACAGUCAAUGGCUAAAGGAGCAGUGCAUGAGGAUGGGCGACGCCUACAUCAUCGUGUACUCUGUGACAGACAAAUCAAGUUUUGAGAAAGCGUCAGAGCUGCGGAUUCAGCUGCGCAGAGCCAGACAGUCGGAAGACAUUCCCAUAAUCCUCGUGGGCAACAAGAGUGACCUGGUUAGGUCAAGAGAAGUCUCGGUUGAUGAGGGAAGUGCUUGCGCAGUGGUGUUUGACUGCAAGUUCAUCGAGACGUCAGCCUCCCUACACCAUAAUGUGCAGAACCUGUUUGAGGGCAUCGUACGUCAAAUUCGCCUAAGGAAGGACAGCAAAGAGGAGAACGCCCGGCGCAUGGCUAGCUGCAGGCGCAGAGAGAGUAUCAGCAAAAAAGCCAAAAGAUUCCUGGGUCGCAUGGUUGCACGCAAGAACAAGAAAAUGGCUUUUAGGCAGAAGUCUAAAUCCUGCCACGACCUUACAGUUCUUUGAGAACCAGAUUGGACAUGUGGACAUUUCCUGUUUUCUUUGGCCUCUGAAGACCCAAUGCUGUGUGUUUUUUAUUUGAAUACAAACAAAAUGGACUAGUAGAGCUGUACAGAAAUAUAUUUUUGUUUUUGAGACACUAAAAGCAAAGUCUUGAUAGGUAUAAGACAGGCUUUCCUUUUCACAUCAUUUCAACUGUGUUCACAUGCAUGAAGUUUUUGUGUAUUUAUUUCAUUUUUUUCUGCCUUAAUCCCCAUAGGGUUUUUUUUAUAUUAGUUAGCCAUAUUGCCUUUCCUAUUUUACUGGAAGGGACUGAUGUAAAACGUGUACCAUGACUGAUGCUAAAUGCAACAUACGCACAUACAUCUCAUUAUGUUCUAGGACAUUAAGCAUUACACAUGGUUUGAAGUCAUUUUGACUUGAAGGAUGGUACGCAGGUUCGUGCCUCAGUCUAGUAAAAUGAAGCUACAGCACUAAGAGAAAUGAUUACAGUUGUUCUUUAACACUGAGGUCAGUUUGUGAAGCAAUACGUUAUAUAUUUGUC